AUGGCUUCAAACUCGAGCGCAACACCGACAAAGGUCGGGAUCCUGUCUCUGGGUGACAUGGGCGCUGGAAUUGCGAGGCUGUUAAUUGCGCAUGGAUUCCCCGUUUCCACAAACUGCCAAGGGCGAAGUGAGGAUACGGUUGAGAGAGCGCGCAGCGCCGGCGUCGAGCUGCUCUCGUCCGACUUGGAGCUCGUCCAGCAGUCCUCAGUCAUCUUCUCAGUCGUGCCACCACGAGAUGCAGAAGCCACAGCUCAGCGAAUCGUCGAUGCUUUAUCUGGAGGUUCUCGUACAGAUGCGCUGUACUAUGUCGAUCUGAAUGCCGUUGCGCCGUCGACGUGUAAGAGCAUUGCGGCGCUGUUUGACAAGGCGAGGGUGCCCGUCAAGUUCAUGGACGCUUGUAUCCUGGGCGGACCUCCCAGCCUGAAGACGAAGAAGUCUGACAAGGAAGGGGAAGCUGAUGAUGAGUGGGAUCAGCCCAGCAUCCCCGUCUCGGGACCCGACUUGUUGACAUCGUUGCCGGACGGAGAGAGACUCACCUCCGUGUUAAAGCUGCGGACAAUCUCACCCGAGAUUGGCGCCGCGAGCGGCCUCAAGAUGUGCUUUGCCUCCCUCACCAAGGGCUUCACGGCGCUGGUCACGCAGUCCUUCACGACGGCGCACCGGCUGGGCGUGGCGGACGAGCUGAAGCGGGAGCUGCGCGACAUGGUGCCCGCGAUGCUGACGCGGGCGGAGAAGGGCGUGCCGGGGAUGCCGCCCAAGGCGUACCGCUGGGUGCGCGAGAUGGAGGAGAUUGCAAAGACGUUCUCGGAGGAGGGCGGCUGGGAGGGGACGGUGUUUGAGGGCAUCGCGGGGGUGUACCGGGCCGUUGCGGAGGAUGGGGUGCUGGGGAGGGAGAAGAUUGGGAAGAGGAAGAGGGGGACGAGCUUGGAUGAUGUUGCGGCGCUUAUGGCGGAGGGUCUAGAGACUAAGAGAAAGAAAAGGGAGUGA